AUGGCUAGCUCUACAAAGAAGAGCGUACUAAUCGUUGGAGGUGGUGCUGUUGGAGCUAUCGCCGCAUUGAACCUCGAAGUUGGCGGACUCGCGCACGUUACUCUUGCUCUGCGGUCGAAUUACAAUGCUGUGAACGAACAUGGCUUUGAUAUUAAAUCAUGCGAUCACGGAAGAGUUCAAGGCUGGAAACCUAGCAUUAUCCGCGAUUCCAUCCCUGAUAUCACCAAAGAGUCUCUCCCACCGUAUGACUACAUCCUUCUCUGCACAAAGAACAUUCCGGAUAUUCCACCUACAGUUGUCGAUCUCGUCACACCCGCCUUGCCCAGAAUCAACACCCACACGACCCUCGUCCUCCUCCAAAAUGGCCUCCACAUAUACAGGCCUUUCUUAGAGUCACAUCCUCAGACACUUGUCCUGAGCGCCAUCUCCAUGAUCGGCAGCGAAGAGCUCUCGCCUGGGAAGAUCAUCCAGGAUGAAGGAGACAAGCUCAUCAUCGGCGCAUUUCCAAAUCUUAACACCAAUCCCUCUACUUCCGCCGCUAAAUGCUUCAUUAAGAUGUAUAAGAACGGCGGAAAAACGGAUUGUAAGCUCGGUGAAGAUGUGUUGCACGACCGGUGGCGGAAGCUCGUAUACAACUCAGCUUUGAACCCCAUCUGCGCAAUUCUAGGCUUGGACACGGGAAGGCUGAGGCUAGCAGCAGAUGGAGAGGUGGUAGAGCACUUGGUCAGGCCGGCGAUGCAGGAGAUCGUCGACGCGGCGAAAGCGAAUGGGGUCCUUCUCGAUGAGGGUGUGGUGCAAAAGAUGAUUGAUGCUGAUCCGUUACAGAGCUAUCUGAGCCCUAGUAUGCUCGUGGAUGUGAAGAAAAAAGGCAACUUCCUCGAGCAUGAAAAUCUGCUGGGUGAGCCGCUCAGAGAGGGAAAGAAGAUGGGUGUGGAGAUGCCGACGAUUAAGAUGUUGUAUUAUAUGGCCAAGGGGAUUCAGUGGCGGACGAUGGAGGGGAGGGGGUUGGUGGAGAUUCCGCCGAAGGAUGUUUAG